UAACGUUCUGUCACGUAAAUGAGUUCGUUCUACACUCAAGACGAAAACGUGAUUUUGUUUUUGUUUAUAUUUUGCGGAUUUCAUCAUCAAAUUUUUGUUGAGCAAAAUGAAGCGCCCCAACAUUCUCAUCACCGGUACCCCAGGCACCGGCAAAACUCGUUUAUCAAAAGAACUAGCGAAAAAGUUUGGUUGCCAUCAUCUCGACAUAUCCGCUGUGGCGAAGGAGAAUAAUUUUGUUGAAGAAUACGACGAUGAAUAUGAAUGCCCCAUAUUGGACGAGGAAAAACUGCUCGAUUAUCUGGAACCGAUUAUGGCGGAAGGAGGAAAAAUUGUCGACUAUCAUUCGUGUGAGUUCUUUCCGGAAAGGUGGUUCGAUGUCGUCUACGUUAUGCAGUGUGAAAAUUCCAUUUUAUUCGACCGACUUACGGCAAGAGGCUACAACGCCAAGAAAAUCCAAUCAAACGUCGAAUGCGAAAUAUUCCAGACCAUACUGGAAGAAGCAAUGGAAUCCUACAACAGUGACAUUGUCAUACCGAUCCAUGGCGAUUCGGAAGAAGAGUUUCAAAAGAAUUUAACUCAAAUAUCGGCAUGGUUCCAAUCGGCAACGAGUUAAACAGUAAAUUUCCGCAUUUCUUACUAAUUAAAACUUUCAAUAAAAUCGCCGAUGAGACAACCAGCCGUGGCUUUUACAUAAUAA